AUGCCCCCCACGAGGCUCUGCGGCUGCUGGGGCGGCCGGGCACUGCCCCUGCUGCUGGCCUACGUCUGCUACCUGCUGCUCGGUGCCAGCAUCUUCCAGCUGCUGGAGAAGGAGGCAGAGUCGAACUCCCGGGACCAGUUCCAGGUGGAGAAGCUGCACUUCCUGAAGAACUACACCUGCCUGGACCAGCGCGCUCUGGAGCAGUUUGUAGAGGUCAUCCUGGAGGCCUGGGUGAAGGGCGUGAACCCCAAGGGCAACUCCACCAACCCCAGCAACUGGGACUUCGGCAGCAGCUUCUUCUUCGCAGGCACGGUGGUCACCACCAUAGGAUACGGGAACCUGGCGCCCAGCACAGAGGCAGGCCAGGUCUUCUGUGUCUUCUAUGCUCUGGUGGGCAUCCCACUCAACGUGAUCUUCCUCAACCACCUGGGCACCGGGCUGCGUGCCCACCUGGUCACCUUCCAGAGGUGGGAGGACCAGCCCAGGCGCUCUCAGCUCCUGCAGCUGUUCGGCCUGGUUCUGUUCCUGGCCCUGGGCACGCUGGCCAUCCUCAUCUUCCCGCCCAUGGUCUUCAGUCACGUGGAGGGCUGGAGCUUCAGCGAGGGUUUCUACUUUGCCUUCGUCACCCUCAGCACCAUCGGCUUCGGGGACUACGUGGUCGGCACAGACCCCAGCAAGCACUACAUCCCGAUAUACCGGAGCCUGGCGGCCAUCUGGAUCCUCGUGGGCCUGGCGUGGCUGGCGCUGGUCCUCCCGCUGGGCCCCCUGCUUCUGCGCAGAUGUGCCCGCCUGGGGCUCAUCAGCUGGAGCCUUGGUCUCAAGGAGGGGAGCACCCCCGAGGCCGAUGGGCUCCCCAGGCCUCAGAAGAUCCCCAUAUCUUCAUGA